AGGGACCUCAUCAAGCAGGUCCGCCAGUGCAAAACAGCAGCAGAGGAGCGCGAUGUGGUUGCCAAAGAGAGUGCCGCGCUGAGGCAGGCAUUCAAGGAGCAGGACGGCACCUACCGUCACAGGCAAGGCGCAAUCGCUGGGCAGCAGAGGACAACUGCACUGAUGUAUAUCCACAUGCUGGGCUACCCCACCCACUUUGGCCAGAUGGAGACGCUCAAGCUCAUCGCCUCAAAUGGCUUCCCCGAGAAGCGUGUCGGCUACCUGGGCCUCAUGAUCCUGCUGGAUGAGCGCCAGGAGGUGCUGAUGCUGGUGACCAACAGCCUGAAGAAUGACAUGAACAGCCGCAACCAGUACACGGUGGGGCUGGCGCUGUGCGCGCUGGGCAACAUCUGCUCCGCCGAGAUGGCUCGCGACCUGGGGCCAGAGGUGGAGCGCCUGCUGGUGUCGCAGAACCCCUACCUGCGCAAGAAGGCCGCGCUGUGCGCCAGCAGGGUGCUGCGCAAGGUGCCCGACAUGCUGGAGAGCUUCCUGGAGAAGGCGCCGCGGCUGCUGGAGGACCGCAGCCACUCGGUGCUGCUGGCGGGGGUGACGCUCAUGCUGGACAUCUGCGCCCAGGAGCCGGCAGCGGUGGAGGCGUACCGCACGCACGUCCCGCUGCUGUGCCGCGUGCUGCGCAGCCUCAUCAUGGGCGGCUUUGCGCCAGACUACGACGUGAGCGACAUCAACGACCCCUUCCUGCAAGUGGCCAUCCUGCGCCUGCUGCGCGUGCUGGGCCGCGGCAGCGCCGAGGCCUCUGACGCCAUGAGCGACGUGCUGGCCCAGGUGGCCACCAACACGGAGAGCGCGCGCAACCCGGGGAACGCCAUCCUCUACGAGUGUGUGCAGACCAUCAUGGCGGUGGAGAGCAUCGGCGGGCUGCGCGUGCUGGCCGUCAACAUCCUGGGCCGCUUCCUGGCCAACAAGGACAACAACAUACGCUACGUGGCGCUCAACACGCUGGCGCGGGUGGUGGGGGUGGACGCGGCGGCGGUGCAGCGCCACCGCGCCACCAUCGUGGAGUGCGUCAAGGAUGCAGACAUCUCCAUACGGAGGCGCGCGCUGGAGCUGGUGUACGCGCUGGUGAGCGAGGGCAACAUCCGCACCCUGGCCCGCGAGCUGCUGGACUACCUGGAUGUGUGCGACACCGAGUUCAAGCCGGACCUGGCCAACAAGGUGUGCCAGCUGGUGCAGCGCUACGCCCCCGACAAGCGCUGGUACAUCGACUCGCUGCUGCAGGUGCUGGUGCAGGCGGGCGCGUACGUCAAGGACGACGCCUGCCGCGCCCUCAUCCUGCUGGUGGUCAACGCCAGCCAGCUGCACGGCUACGCGGUACGCGCCUCGUACCGCGCACUGGCCGGCAGCCUAGACAAGGCGCAGCCCUCGCUGCUCAUGGUGGCCACCUGGUGCCUAGGCGAGUACGGCGAGCUGCUGGUGGGGCCCGAGGGCAGCAAGGUGCUGGAGGGCGAGCAGCCGGUCAGCGCCAGCGAGGCAGACGUGGUGGGCCUGCUGGAGGCGGUGGUGCAGCUGCCCAGCGCCAGCUUGGCGGUGCGGGAGUACGCGCUGACGGCGCUGGCCAAGCUGGUGCCCCGCUUCCCCGGCAGCGCAGAGCGCAUCAAGGCCAUGGUGGCCGCCUACCGGCAGAGCAGCCAGCUGGAGGUGCAGACGCGGAGUGUGGAGUACAGCCGCCUGUUCAACUACCCAGCCAUCGAGCCGCAGUUGACGUGCGCUCAUCUGGCAUGCCAGGGGCAGCCACUCUUUGGCGUGCAAGAAGCGCGCAUGCAUCAUCCACCACCAUUCUCAGUGGCCGGCUGCACCCACGCCCUGGGGCCUUCCUUCUUCGCGCCGCAGGUGCUGGAGCACAUGCCGCCGCUGGAGGAGUCUGCGUAUGAUGCCAGCCUGGAGCCCAGCGAGGCCUCGGCAGCAGCCAGCGCAGCAGCAGCCAGCACCGCCAGCGCAGCAGCAGACCUGGCGGCGCUGCUGGGGCUGGAUGCAGGGCUGGCGGCCACGGGUGCGGCCCCCGCAGCAGCUCCACCUGCCAGCCAGACCAGCGCCGUCAACGCACUGUCCGAUCUGCUGGCUGGCGACCUGCUUGGGGGCGGCGGCGGCGUCGCGCCCGCCCCGGCAGCGCCCGCCCCAGCAGCAGCGGCGCCGCCGGCAGCCACGGCAGACCCAGUGGCGGGCCUGUUUGGCGGGCCUGCGGCGGCGGCGCCUGCGGCGGCCGCGGUGCAGACCAUCACCGCCUUUGCCAAGGGCCCGCUCACCGUCACCUUCCGCCUCGAAAAGCAGCCCGGCAGCCCCGCCACGACCGACAUCCUGGCCACCUACAGCAACAGCGGCGGCGCGCCCCUGGAGAGCUUCACGCUGCAGGCGGCGGUGCCCAAGGCGAUGCAGCUGCGGCUGGAGCCCGCCAGCGCCACCUCGGUGCCGCCGCACAGCGCGGGCGGCGUGAGCCAGCGGCUGCACGUCACCAACAGCCUGCACAAGGCGCUGGUCAUGCGCCUGCGCAUCAACUACAGCCUGGGCGGGCAGCAGGUGCUGGAGCAGGCAGAGGUGUCCACCUUCCCGCCCGGCUUCUAG